AUGUCUCACGCCAUGUCGGAUGACCAGGUCGCGGAAGAGCUCAAGAAGAUGACAGCUUUCAUCCGUCAAGAAGCCUUAGAGAAAGCGCGCGAGAUCCAGAUAAAAGCAGACGAAGAAUUCGCCAUCGAAAAGUCUAAGCUCGUUCGCCAGGAGACAGCCUCAAUCGACUCUGCCUAUGCCAAAAAGCACAAACAGGCAUCCAUGAGCCAACAAGUUACACGCAGUACACUAGCCAACAAGACUCGCCUAAAGGUUCUCGGGCGAGGGCAAGAAUUGUUGGACGACUUAUUCGAAAAAGUGAGGAAUGAAUUAAGUUCUGCCAGCAAAGAUGCAAGCAAGUACGAGGAAAUGUGCCGGGGCCUAGUGCUUGAAGGACUGUACGCGUUAAAUGAGAACAAAGUAGCGCUUAGAGCGCGACAGCAGGAUUUUAAGACGGUGAAGAGCGCAGCGGAGAGCGCGAAGCAAGAGUACACAGAGAAUAUUGGGGGAAAGGUGGAGAUCAUCUUAGACGAGAAAAAUCCACUACCGGAAAGCUCUGCCGGGGGUGUCUUCAUUAUUGGGGGAUCUGGCAAGAUUGAUAUCAACAACACGCUCGAAGAACGAUUGAAGCUGUCGGAGACGGAUGCGUUACCAUUGGUACGAAGGACACUCUUCGGACAAAAUGAAAACCGAAAAUUUCGGGACUGA